CUGUGAGUGAGAGAAACUGAGAAGUGAGAACUGGGCGAGGUCUUGGGUUUGUUUUAGGCACAUCGCUUCUCCUUUCCCCUCCCCCUUGUCCUUGUCGUCCGCCAUGCCAAGACGCGGAAGGGGACGCGGCCGCCAUGGCGGAGGCCGUGGCAGGCUACCCGUGCCUCUGCAGCCUCGGGCUCUCUUGACGGAGGAUGAAACGUCGCAGACCCGUGCUGCGGCCGAACGUAUGGUCGCCUCCGGGCCGUCCUCUCCUCGCGCGGUCCCUUCCGCUCGCGCUGAACAUGAUGCCUACCGCAAUCGACCCUCCCGUGGUGGCGCUGGCGGUCGCACCAUCCCUCCUCGCCCCUCGCGCCCUGGCGCCGAACCUGUCCCGUGUCAGGACAAUGUGCCUUUGCCUCCAGCUGCACUACCUGCUGUCUCGUACCUGGACGUGUUGCUGGGCAAUACAACACUGAAGGAAUCGUCUGCCGCCACCACUUCCUCGUCUGUCGCCAUUUCCUCGCCCAUCUUGGUCCGGAAACCUGAUGACUGGUACUUCACAUUUUACAUCAGGAAAGAUCUCGGGGGAUCUUUCCAUACAUAUCCUGAUCUGUCCGGGCCUUUCAAGAGCCUACAGGAAGCUGACAAUGCUAUCAAUCGCCAUCUUCAUGACCUCGAGGAUCCCAAAAUGUCUGAUGAAGCAUUAGACAAGCUUUCCAUAAUGGAGCGUGCUAUACAAGAAUCUCUCUACUGGCCUGAUGGCACUAGGAAGAAAUGUUUUGAACCACCAGACAAAACUGAAGAUGAAGUUCACCUGUUGGUUCAAGCUUUAGUCGACCAGUAUAACGAGGAUCACAAACUUUUGGGGGAUCAUGCACUUCAACUCAAGGAUGUCCAGCGGCAGCGAUUCUUCUUUACUAAGGGCGAUCAGUACUACCAUUUCAAUUUCACCGCAAUAACUGAAGGAGUUGUUGAUUCUUUCUUUGCUGAAGUUCGACGUACACAAGGAGAGCAUGAGGAAAUGGUGGUCUGCUGUUUCUGCGUUGUUAAACCUUAUGAUAAUGGUUGCUGCUAUGGUUGUCAGAAUAAUGGAGCAGUUGGUAUGAAGCACCCGAACAAAGCUGAUGCAUAUUGUCGUGGACGCGUUGAUGAAUAUAUGCCCUGUUUGGGUGGAUAUCAUAUAGAGCAGAGCUUCUUGACUGAAAGUGUUGAAGAGGAGAAGGCACGGCUAAGAUAUCAAUACGAGUGCCUUGAUGACCCAAGUUUUAUGGCGAAGCACUUCCCUAACUGUGUCAAGCGGACGGUGAAGAUAUAAGAGGCUCGCCGAAGUAGAGCACUUGCGCUUCCUUGUGACUGGAUAUCUGUUUUUGCCACUAGUAAAUUUCCUAUUUAUUGAUCUUCCUAAGCUGUAAACUCAAGUACCUUGCUAUGACUUGUUCCAAGACACGAAUUGCUUGGUUUGAGAUGGACCAAUCUAUAACAAGUUAAGUCGUUUCUGAAAA